CUCCAACACCAGCAAAACUGUGACGCAUCAUCACCAAAAGUCAACUCUACAGCUGAAACAAAAUGGCUCCCAACGAUGAAGAAUCCCGCAAAGCUCUCGCAACACUCAUAGCAACAGCUACAACCCUCCUCGAACAACUCCAAUCAACCCUCACCACCAUCCAACGCAACCCACUAACCUCAUCUCCAACACCCUCCACCGAAACAACCUCCAUAAACGCCCUAUCCCUCGCCCGCGACACAUCCCUCCUCAUCCGCGCCCACUCCACCAAGAUCUCCCUCCUAAUAAUAAACGAGCCCUUCACCCCCAGCGCCAUCAGCACCGUGAUCCGCGAGCUCAUAAAAGGCCCCAUCCCAGGCCUCGCCACCGCCGCGCAAGCCUGCACCCCCGAUCUCUACACCAGCGUCGUACGAAAAGAACUAGCAUACCGAUGUCAAAAAGUCCUUGUUGAGCUGUGGGGCUUGUUGAAGCGUGUUCCCGAUGAUGGCAAGGUUUUGCCCGCGGUGGGGAGGGAUGGGAGCAAGGGAAGUCUUGUUUUGACGGGCAAGCUUUGGAGUGCGUGUGAUGAGGUUGUUAAGCUUGCGGAUCUUGGGGUGGGUGGUUUUUAUGUUAGGAGGGCGGAGGAGUGGAGGGAUACGCUUAAGGAUGUUAUGGAGGAGUUGAAGGAGUGGGGAGAGGAGGAGGAUGGUGAAGAUGAAGAUGAUCUUGCGGAUCAGAUGAACAAUGCGUCGCUCACGGAGCAAGAAAUGGUCGACGACUUGAUGAACUCCUCUUCCGCUAUACCGAAAUCCGACCCCGAUAAGAUCCGACCCCGUCUCGACUCAACACUCAAGCGCUUACGAAUGAUCGUUCUUCUAUACCAAGCCAUUUCCAAGCGACGCUUCAAGAAACUGCCCAAGGAUACUACAAAGGGCGACAUGCCUUCCAAGCUGGACAAAGCAGCGAGUGUCCUCGAGACGUUGCCGGAUACAUUUGGAGAUUUGGCUGGUGCAUUUUAUGAGCUCGAUGCAGAGGAGAUUGAUAGGCUCAUGGAGGAAUGUUUUGAGAGUGCGGUUGGUGUAAGUGAAGUUCUAAAGCUUGGCUGGGAGGGUGAGAGUGAUGAGUUUAGUGAGUGGAUGGAGAAGUUCAAGGUUGAAGUCAAGAAAACAUAAACAGACCACGAACGAAAUAAUAAAACAUUUGA